AUGCGAACGCGGUCGAAGACGGAUCCUUCUGUCCAUCCUCUUGGCGCUGGAGAAAAACCCAACCAAGGCAAGUCAGACUGCUACUCGUGGUCAGGCGAGCGACCCCAAGAGCGGACCGGCCAGCACGGGCCAGGGCCCUGGGCAGGAAACGCUCAAGGAAAGAACAGGAAGAAGAACAAGAAGGCCAAGCGAGUGACGACAUCGACAUUUGCACCGCACGCAGGAUCGGCUCGGAUGGACAGUCUUUCUCAGGUUGCCAGUGCGGCUGGGGUACGGGGCGACGAGCUGUCCCACCGAGGCCCCAACCUGGCGACGGAUGAAGGCAAAGCAGCUGGAUCGACGUCCCAGGGCCAGAACGACAACAGCGAGGGAGAUCGCCCGGCAGCCAGUGGCUCAAAGUCGCGACCCGCCCACUACGGUCCCAAGCAGGAGUACAGAGCCGACGCCGGCGGCUCGCUGAGAAUGCAAAAGAAGCGCCGUAAUCGACCGCACGCCAUCGACACGCAGAGUGCCGAUUCCCAUGGGAACUCUGCCGGAGCAGUCAAGGAUGCAGCGCCCAACCCUGGCCUCAACCCGCUUGCCCUGACGUUUGUGUCCCCGAGCCACGCAGCGCCGGAGAACAAGGGUGCGAACGCGGGCAAGGGAGGCGGAUACCGCGGCGGCUCGACCAAGGGCGGCUCUGACGGGCCCUGA